AUGGCUGGUACCAGAAAUUAUGAUUUUUUGAUCAAAUUGUUGUUGAUUGGGGACUCUGGUGUGGGGAAAUCAUGCUGUCUUCUACGCUUCAGUGAAGACUCUUUUACUCCGUCAUUCAUCACCACUAUCGGAAUCGACUUCAAGAUUCGCACGAUCGAGCUGGAUGGUAAACGGGUGAAGCUUCAAAUAUGGGACACGGCUGGGCAAGAACGAUUUAGAACCAUCACAACAGCAUAUUACAGAGGAGCGAUGGGUAUUCUUUUGGUUUACGAUGUCACAGACGAACGCUCGUUUCAAAAUAUCCGAACGUGGUUUUCGAAUGUCGAACAACACGCAAGCGAGGGCGUCCAUAAGAUUCUCAUCGGGAAUAAAUGCGAUUGGGAAGAAAAGAGGGCUGUGACAACGGAACAAGGCCAACAACUGGCUAACGAACUUGGGAUACCUUUCCUUGAGGUUUCUGCCAAGAACAACAUCAACAUCGAAAAGGCCUUCUACAACCUUGCCUCUGAUAUCAAAAAGGGCAUGGACACCUCGAAAUCUGAACAACCUGGCUCCCAGGGCGUGGAUAUGGAGGAUCUACACUUGUCUCGGAAAACACCCUGUAUUCCUGCGGAUUUAUUUCAGGAGCCGGUCGACUGA